AUGCGACGCCGCCCGCGCAUCAAACCCCGAAAGAAGUCAGAAAGCCCAAAUUUAACGUAUUUCGAGGAACAGUUCCGUGCUGCAUUAUGUGACAUAAAUAUUGAAGAUGAAGUACAGAAAAGCGAAGGAUUCCUCGUGAGCGAUAGCGUUGUCAUGUACAAGAAGGCUCGCGAACUUCUUCAGAAGAAUGCAAAAUGCUCAUCAACUGGUCAAAUAAAUUGGGUUAUCUUAGGUCAGAAGUAUAAGAUUCAGGCGCUUUAUCGAAGCUUCUACCCUCUUCAAAUAGGAUUAUUAGAAGAAAUUCAUGUAUGCGAUGGUUGCUUCCAAUAUUUUAUGUCUCCAUCAAGUUGCGUCCGUCAUAUGGCUCGAUGUGCUUAUCGUUUCAAACCUCCUGGCACAGAAAUUUAUCAUGAUCGUUAUAAUAAUAUCAAAAUAUUCGAGGUUAGCGGUAAACACGCUAAGGAAUAUUGCUGUAAUUUAUCGAUGAUGACGGUCGUUUGGAUAAGAGAUAAAGUCGUCUGUUUUGAUGUGGAUGAAUUCAUUUUUUAUAUUUUAACUCGAGAAGUUGAAGGUUCAUGCGAAAUUUUGGGUUAUUUUUCACGGUGCUCACAGUCUUUCGAUGAAAAUCUGUCAUGUUUCUGUGUAUUUCCGUGCUUUCAACGUAUGGGUCUUGGACGAUUUCUUAUUGAUUUUAGCUACCUCAUAACAAGAAUGAUGCGAAUGACGGGAGGCCCUGAAAAGCCAUUGUCCCCUUUAGGGAGAAUGGCUUACAAAACGUAUUGGUUUGAAACUAUAGCUGUUGUUGCAUAUACGAUAAUGAAGGAAGGAAGAAUUGUAACUCCUUACGAAAUAUCUCGAGAAACGGGUAUCAGAGCACAAGAUGUUGUAGAAACACUACAAGAAGCCUUCUUCUACGAACAUAAUUCCACGAAUAAUACGGCCGUUUGUCAUGUGUAUGAUGGAAAAGAACUUGCAGAAACUGUCGCCUCCAUUAAGCUGACUAAAAAAUAUUUUCAUGCAGAAGAAAAAUUUUUAAAAGCAGAAUUCAAAAAUCGUUUACUUAAAGAAUUUUGCUUAUAA